CCGCCCCCGCCUUCAAAACCGGACACUCGGACGCCCCCGAGGAGGAGAAGCAGCCGCCGAAGGAACAGGAGCCAUGCCGGCGCCUUACACCAGGAUCUUGGGUCUUGGAGCAUCUUCACUCAGAUGCUGGUCUGCGGUCCCAAUCCGUCGGGCCCAUGCUCCGCGGGUGCUCCAUGGAGACCUUAGCAAACUUUCGGGACGAGUCCAAGAGUUUGUGGAGCAUGGGGCGAGACUUUGCCAGCCGGACAGCAUCCACAUCUGCGAUGGGACGGAGAAGGAGAACAUCAAGAUCUUGAACCUGCUGGAGUCGGAAGGGGUCAUCAAGCCACUGACUAAAUACGAGAACUGCUGGCUAGCCAAAACAGACCCUAAAGAUGUCGCCCGGGUGGAAAGCCGAACGGUCAUUGUAACAGAGAACCAAAGGGACACGGUGCCCAUCCCUGCCCAAGGGGUCAAAGGGCAACUGGGCAACUGGAUGAACCCCAAAAUGUUUCAGGAGGCUGUGGAUGAUCGCUUCCCAGGUUGCAUGAAAGGGCGCACCAUGUAUGUGAUCCCAUACAGCAUGGGUCCGAUCGGCUCCCCUCUCUCCAAGAUUGGCAUCCAGUUGACAGACUCUGCCUAUGUGGUUGCCAGCAUGCGCAUCAUGACCCGAAUGGGAGCUGCCGCUCUCCGCACUUUGGGAGAUGGGGAAUUCGUCAAGUGCCUCCAUUCUGUUGGGCGACCCUUGCCCCUAACUGAAGAGUUGGUGAACAACUGGCCCUGUAACCCAGAGAAGACUUUAAUUGCACAUGUCCCUGAACGGCGAGAGAUUGUCUCCUUUGGCAGCGGCUAUGGGGGCAACUCCCUCCUUGGCAAAAAAUGCUUUGCACUGCGCAUCGCCUCUUGCAUUGCCAAAGACGAAGGUUGGCUGGCCGAACACAUGCUGAUCCUGGGGCUCACGAAUCCAGAGGGGAAGAAGAAAUAUGUGGCUGCAGCCUUCCCUAGCGCCUGCGGAAAAACCAACCUGGCCAUGAUGAACCCCACCCUGCCUGGCUGGAGGGUUGAGUGUGUGGGAGAUGACAUUGCUUGGAUGAAGUUUGACAUCGAUGGUGUUCUCCGAGCUAUCAACCCUGAGAAUGGUUUCUUCGGGGUGGCACCAGGAACCUCCACCAAAACAAACCCCAACGCCAUGCACACCAUCCAGCGCAACACAAUGUUCACCAAUGUUGCCGAGACCAGCGAAGGGGGCGUCUACUGGGAAGGCAUCGACCAGAUGAUCCCAGCAGGAGUGACCAUCAGCACAUGGCAAGGCAAGCCAUGGAAGCCAGGUGAUCCAACGGCUGCAGCUCACCCCAAUUCUCGCUUCUGCGCCCCUGCCCGCCAGUGCCCAAUCAUGGAUCCAGACUGGGAAUCCCCCAAGGGUGUCCCUAUUGAUGCCAUCAUCUUUGGGGGCAGGAGACCCCAAGGUGUCCCCUUGGUGUAUGAGGCCUUCAAUUGGCGCCAUGGAGUCUUUGUGGGCACUGCCAUGAGAUCAGAGUCCACCGCAGCCGCUGAACACAAAGGCAAAGUCAUCAUGCACGACCCCUUUGCCAUGCGCCCUUUCUUUGGCUACAACUUUGGCCGCUACCUCGAGCACUGGUUGAGCAUGGAGGAGCGGAAGGGGGCCCGCCUUCCCAAGAUUUUCCAUGUCAACUGGUUCCGCAAGGAUGCUUCUGGGAACUUCUUGUGGCCCGGCUUUGGGGAGAACUCCCGGGUCCUCGACUGGAUCUUCCGACGCGUCGACGGAGAAGAGAGCGCCAAGGAAACGCCAAUUGGGUACAUCCCGAAGGAAGGUGCCUUAGACAUGUCGGGCCUAAGCAAGGUGGAUUUUCAGGAGUUGUUCUCCCUGCCCAAAGAGUUCUGGGAACAAGAAGUGCGGGAAAUCCGACAGUAUCUAACAGAACAAGUCCCCGACGACUUGCCCAAGGAAGUCAUGAAGGAACUGGAGGCCCUGGAGAGCCGGGUGAAGAAGAUGUGAAGGGACCAAACAAUAAAAGAAAAAGAACCAAAGACCACAUUCCCCUGUAUCUCCUGCAGGGAGAAGCAGGAGGAACUGGGAGCUUGUUUACAGACUUAACAUUCCCUAAUUCUGACCAACUAAGCCAUUCUGGCCAUCAAGAGUCAACCAUCUUGUCUCCAUAGUCAUGAGGCAAUCAUCUUGCCCCUAGGCAACCUGAAUUGCCUCGAUUUUCUUUGUGCCUCUGUUUUCUUAGUGCAUCAGUUUUAUGUCUUUUUUCUCUUAUUGCUAUCAUUCCUUGAUUUUAGGGAAACAAGGCAAAAACCAUCUCCUUUCUUGUUUUCAUCAGCUUGGUGUUGUUUCCACUUGGAGUCUGCUUUUCUCAUCUGUGCAUCACCCUUGUAUCUUAGUAGCUUUCGUCUUUUCCUAGACUGCCUUUUCUUCCUUUUGCUUAUGAGGAAGGUAUGGUGGAAAGUUUUUGUUGGAAGGGAUAACUCAGCACAGCCCAGUGAGGACCUUCCAAUCCCAGUACCAGUCAAAGUUAGUUUCAACAGCAAUGGAAGCUUUCCAUCAAUUGGUCUUCAAACAAGGCGUGAUUUCAUUGACAAAACUUUUCUGUUUGAUACCUCUAAUUUAACUGAAUGGUUAAAUGCGAAUCUUUUAAGUUCUAGACCUGUUGCUAAUUGUGGCAAUAACUGUAAUAUGGGAUGGGUCCUACUGUUUUUAGAUAUCCUCUUUUCCCAGUUCUUCUGAACCAUAAAAAUGUAUAAUGUUGCCUUAUAUUGAAUCAGACCACUGGUCUGUCUUAACCUGAAUGUCAUUGGGCCAUUGUGCCAUACCAGUGAUAAUUUAUGGAGUGCUUUAUAGUGCCUAUCAAAGAUGGGGUAUACUUCCACUACCCUGAUGAAUGCUAUGGUUUAUAAAUUCUGUUAAUGUGGAACAUGCUGACAGUUGUGAUGGAAAGCAACACAGGUCUUCAGAAGUUCACAAGAACCUCAUAAAAAAGCACAUUAUGUUGGAUUCGAUCAUUAAAUAAUGUCAUCUUAUCCAACCAGAAUCAUGAAUGACAGCUUGAAUUCUUCCUAGUGGUUUUCUUACUUUGAAUGUCUUCACACACUGUCUAAUAUGAUGGCGACUCAGCAUAAGUUGAUCAUUAAGAUGACUGAACACUAUUUUCUAAUAUCUAUACUGUUGUCCAUCUUGCCAAGCAGAUGCGAGAACAUAAUAUUCCCUUUGAAGACCACAUUUUAAGGUAGUUUGAGAUAAAUGAAUAACUCUGUCAAACUUUUCAUUUUAUGUUGACAAAAUUAUAGUUCCCUCUUACUCUAAAUUCAUUUAUCUCAAUUCAGCAAUGAUGCUCUUUACUUACCUAAUAGCAUCUACAACUCUAAUCUGCCCUAUUUCACUUAACUUUUCUAUUGCAAUACUAAAAAUCUAUUUUCUUUCUCACAGCUUUUAGAGUGUGGCCUUGAGAUUUUAUAAGUUCCCCCGGACUGUUUUGUGGCCUUCACCCCUUACAAAUUUGCCAUGCCGUCCUUUUUUGGUUGUAGAAAUGGGUACUUCCCCUAGAUGUAUAACAUGGUCUCCGUAUCCUCAAGGGAUCCGCUCUCAGACUUCAUGUGGACAUGUGAAACCAUGGAUAAUUACAAAACUUAUUGAAAGAAGUACUUCCAACCCAAUAAUACCAUAGAGUUGCACUAGAGGACCUAGAAAAUGCCUAGAGAAGCCAUAUUUUGUUGUAAAUGAAUAAAUGGAACAGCGCGCACCGAUCCAGCAGAUACUAUUGUACUGUAUAUCCCUUGGAAGCAUCCAGAUGAGGCAAUUAAUUAUCAAUUUCUCAAAACCAGAAGCAGACUUCUGACCACUUCCUGAUUUAUUGUAUUGCUUUGGGGCAUUUAGCAGUUCAUAGAGGCCCUAGAAUAGAUAAUUGCCACCUGGACUUACCAUGGUUGCUCAUCCCUAAUACAGACUAUCUAUGAAUGUUUCAUGACAUCACAGCAGAACAGCCAAUAGUUAGAAAGGAUUGCAAAUACUAGCCAAUUUUAGCAUCUUAUGUGUCUUAAGUAGCCGAUAGGAAGUGUGAAUUAUACAGCAUCCAGGUAAUGAGUCUGUUACGGUUUGUCAGCAUAUAUUGGCCAUUCACUAGUUUUCAGGUAUGAUGUCCUUUUUAAUGGUGCUCACUACUAGAAAUUUAGUACUUACCCAUUUUUAUGUGGACCUCAACCAAUAGGGUUGUCUGCUGUUUUACGCCCAUGCUUGAAUUGAGUUUGCCUGUAUUCCAAGUAAUUAUGAAGUGCAAACAAUUAAUGGGCUUGGAGUUUCUUCCUCACCAUCUUUGCCAGAAAUUCAGGAUAGCGGACAAUAUCCCAAUGUAUUCAGUGUACUUUUAUGGUUUCAACCAGCUGCUGGGGAAAAACAAAACAAAACAUGAAUUAGAUAUUUGACUGCAAUUUAAUUUGUGUGGUUUUUGUAAAAUAAAUAAAUAAAAUUAAACGCAUACUAUUUUAUUAAGAA